AUGGCUUCUACCCUUGAUUUAAAAGCGUUACAGACUUUCCUUUCUGGUCCUGUUACUCACGAUAUGAUUCAUAAAUUGGUUGUUGCUACAUUACAAGUGAUUCCAUGUAAAGACACUAAGAAUUCAACUUAUACUACUCCAGACAAUAUUACCAAACCAUUACCGUCAUUAAUGACAUUCUUAACUAAAUUGGUUAAACAAACUAAUGUUUAUACUGGUACUCUUAUGGCAACUUUGGUUUAUUUAAAUAGAUUGAAAAUGAGAUUACCCAAGAAUUCUUCUGGUUUGCCAUGUACUAGACAUAGAAUCUUAUUGAGUUGUCUUAUUUUAUCAUCCAAAUUCCAUAAUGAUUCUUCUCCUAAGAAUAAACAUUGGGCGGAAUAUACUGAUGGAUUAUUCUCCACAAGAGAUAUCAAUUUAAUGGAACGUCAAUUAGUCUUCCUUUUGAAUUGGGACACUAGAGUCAGCAACGAAGAAAUGAUCUAUUCAUUAGAUAGUUUCUUAGAACCAAUCAGAUAUGACAUCAUCAAGACAUCAAAGAUGAGAAAAUUCAUCUCCAGACAACAACAACAAAACCAACAACAACAAGUCCAACAACAAUAUCAACAACAUUUGCAUAUCCCCCGCUCACAAUCUCCAAGACAAGCACCACCUGUUUUGGAAUAUACAUCAUCAUCAUAUCCACCAUCUACUCCCUCUUGUUCAUCUACCCAUUCCCGUGCAUCUUCAGUUACAUCCUUCUCACCAUCUUCUAGAAAUAAUUAUAGUCAUCUCCGUUCUGAAUCAAUUCAAUCAAUUAGUCCAGAACCUCCUCGUGAAAUGGCAUAUUCCAAUAAAGUGGACCCUAUUAUUGAGUUUACUGCUUUGAAGGAAGAAAUGGAGUUGAAGAGUUUGUUGAAGCUGUUGAAUGCUGGUUCAUACGCUGCUCAACAAAUGACUUAUGUCUACAAUUGA